CAGGUUGGUGUUGGGUCAGGAGCUAGGCGACAUGGGUUUCUGUUGCGGCACAAGACUUUUCAUGUUAAUGCUAUGGAUGAGAAUCAUGAGCAUUAUAAGAUGUUGAAGGUGGAGAGUUGGGCAAUAAUCUUGAAUUCUGACUACUAGAAGCACCCAUAUAGGAGAAGUGAUUUGAAGCAUGAAUGAAAGUUGUUGAGACAAUUUUUCCUUUUUGAGCUUGCAGAAAUUUGGCUUCCUCCAACCUAACCAAUUUCCUUGCAUGUCUCAAUGUCUCGGGUGUGAACAUCCUUACUGCCAAUUGCAUCUCCUCCUUCAACCCGCUCAGGAAACAGCUUAUGGCAUAAUCUUCAGGGAGUUAAGUCCUCAAAGUUCUCCUGAUACUCUUGCACAGAUCCUUUCUGCUUCAAGCUCUCGAGUUCCCCUAUGGGAUCAUGAUAUAAGUAAUCAUCGAAUCUUGCUGACAAUUCCUUGAUAUACUCUUCCAACUGUGGCAGUUCUCUGGUAAUCCUGGUUCGCAUAUAAACCUGGUGCCAUUGCAGGGUCUUUUCCCUCAAGGUGCAUGGCCACCAUCUUCACCUUGGCAUGAACUGGAGUGUCAUCUAUAUCAAAGAACUGUUCACACUUGUAAAGCCACCCCAUGAAAACCUGAAAAUCUUGUUGGUGCUUGACAACUUCCAUUUUGAUUGGAUUGCUGCUCUCUGGGAGAAUUUAUCUCAGGCGAAUUCCUUUGAGAAUGCAUCUGGUUCAUUCGACGUUUCUUCAUUCCAUGACUGGGCAGAUACUGACGGGCCUGUUGAAUAUGCAUUCUCAUCAAGUGAAGGGGAAGAUAGUGAUAGUGAAAUGAUCUUACAGCCAAUAACUGACGUCGAUUUGCCUACCAGGAAAGAGCACUUCCAUCCCACUGAUGACUCUGUCACUCUGGCAGCUCAUCGAUUUGCAACACUUGGCAGGGCACAGAAGAAAAGAAAGUCUAUAUAUGGGAUUCUGAAUAAUUUUGGAAUUCUGGCUUUCUUGAUAGCCAUGUUUUCACUUGUGGACUGGUGUGCAUGGCGAAUUGUUAGAUUGCCCUUACCACCUUUUUAUUUGAUACGGCCUUUUGCAAUAUCCAUAGCUAUGGUGUGUUUUGUAGGAUAUAUAUGUGUUCCGUUGCUUCGUAGUUUGAAGCUUCUAUCUAUAAUUAGGAACGGUCCAGCUCGACACUCUUAUAAAAGCGGAACCCCUACUAUGGGUGGCUUAUAUUUCAUUCCAAUUGGUAUAAUAGUUGCAGAAGUUAUAGUUGGCUUUUCUUCUAUUGAAGUUUCUGGAGCAGCGGCUGUUACUCUAGUGUUUGCAGCCAUUGGACUCGUUGAUGAUCUAUUGAGUCUCAAAAAUAACAAUAAUGGUUUAUCUGCAAAGAUGAGAAUUUUGUUGGAGAUAGCUGCAACAACAUGCUUCUUAUGUUGGCUCUAUACCGCGGAUAUAUCAUCACCCUACAGCAUGAAAAUGCUGGUUCCAAUGCCAGCUCCACUUGGUCUUCUGUGCCUUGGAAAUUUUUAUCCAUUUUUAACUGCAUUUUGCUUUGUUUCAAUGGCGAAUGGAGUAAAUUUCACAGAUGGUCUUGAUGGAUUGGCUGGUGGGACUGCUGCAUUGGCUUUCACUGGGAUGUCAAUUGCUGUUCUUCCAAUAUGUGCUGAUCUUGCUGUGUUUGGAGCCUCAAUGGCUGGUGCCUGUGUGGGUUUUCUUUUUCACAAUCGGUACAAAGCAUCUAUAUUUAUGGGCAACACUGGAGCCUUGGCCUUGGGUGGAGCCCUUGCUGCCAUGGCUGCCUGUACAGGAAUGUUCUUUCCCUUAUUCAUUUCAUCAGGAAUUUUUUUCCUUGAGGUUUUGUCAGUUAUAAUGCAGGUUUCUUUCUUCAAGACCAGCAAGCACUGGCGGGGAACUGGCUACCGUUUGUUUCGGAUGGCACCACUUCAUCAUCACCUAGAACUCUGUGGAAUAAAAGAACCAAUAAUAGUUGCUGGUGCAUAUGUUAUUUCAGCUGUGCUGGUCUUUUUGGCUGGAUACAUUGGUCUCAUUUCAGCAUAAGUUGAUGAAGCUUUCAGUCAUCUCCUCAAGUUCAUUUGGCUGCUGUCAGGUUUCUCUUUCAUUUUCGUGUUUGGUUGGACUUGCUAGUUGCUACCUCAAAUUCUUUGAAGGCGCCUAAUUUGAGUUCCUACAAUUUUUUAAACAUGCCAUUACUGUCCCAAGGGAUUUAGGUAGAUGUUAAACAUUCUGAAUGAAGACACUAGGAGUGUGUGUGGCAUUAAUGUCUAUGCUUGUCUUUUUCCAGAAAGUCGGAUACGGAUGAGUGCACUCUUGGCUCAGAUUAUCAUACGUACUAAAGACUAAAGUGCAAAAACUCUAUACAACCAUUAAAUUAUUCGAAUUGCAUAA